CCUGCCCAGGGCUGAAAAAGCCUGCUGUGUAGGGGGCGGGGCUUAGGGCGGGGCUAAGAGGCCUCAGUAAGCUGGAAUUUGAAUGCUGCUCUGGAGGGGGAAAAGAGAAGGGAGGGGCCCAGUUUUCUUGGAGGUGGAACCCUGCGACGGGGAGAAGCUACCCAGAAUAAAAGUUCUAAUGGCUGGAAACAGAGGAAGAGGGCGUGCUUCUUUUACCUUUAAUAUCGAGGCCAUUGGUUUUGCUAGAGGUGAAAAGUUACCUGAUGUGGUAUUGAAACCUCCACCUCUAUAUCCUGACACAGAUUAUAAGCCAGUGCCUCUCAAAGCAGGAGAAGCAGAAGAAUACAUGUUGGCUUUAAAACAGGAGUUUAGAGCAACCAUGAGAAGAACACCUUAUUUUAUGGACACAGAGGAAGAAAAACAAGAAAUUGAAAGAUACAGUAAAAGAUAUCUGAAAAGUUACAAAGACGAUGAUUUGGAAUGGGUACCAGAUUGGAGAAGACUUCCAAGAGAAAUGAUGCCAAGGAAAAAACACACAAAAGCAGGCCCCAAAUGCCAAAGGGCAAAAAGUACUGCCAAAGUUUCUACACUCAUUAGUACUGUGGAUGUAUUGAAAAAAAUUGAGGACUUGGAAAAGAAAGGUGAUGAAGAGAAAUCAGAUGAAGAAACUGAUGAGAAAGAAGGAGGCAAAGGGAAAAGAAAAGAUGAUGAUGGUGAAGAUGAUGAAGCAGCUGACGACCAGGAAGAGUAUGAUGAAGAAGAACAGGAAGAGGAAAAUGAUUACAUCAAUUCUUACUUUGAAGAUGGAGAUGAUUUUGGUGCAGAAAGUGAUGACAACAUGGAUGAAGCAACCUACUAGUGAUAAUUGUUCAGAUCAUUUUUGUUUAUUACAUGGCCUCUGACUAGUACUAGGCAAACUUAUUACCUCUUUUGUUUCUGAUGAGAAAUGAAGUAAGUAUUGUAUUCUUGUUCACUAUCCUGUGAGCAUUUCUUACUUAAAAAUUCCAAAGUCACUUUGAGUUUACAGAUUUGUUACAGUUUACAUCUUAGUUUGCAGGCCUUUCCUGUAAACACCUUUGCCUCAAUCAUAUUCAAAGAAAUUUUGCAAAUACCAUUUUGAUUUGAAUGUGCCUAAAGCCUACAAAUUAAUACUUGAACCAAGCUGCUCAUGUUUUUAACUACUGAUUUUUUGAAAAAUUUAUUGGUCUUCAUAAUGAAUUUCUUUAUCUUGGAAAUUAAUCUUACAUUGCACAUGGAGCACUUUAAAAACAAAGAAGUUUGAAAGUAGUUGGUAUUUUUGACCCUCUUGCAUUUAGACUGAUGGCUUUGUACCCUUUUAGACAUCUUCCAAGUUAGCUUUAAAGUUAAAAUGAAUUUUGUACAAGGAAGCAAGUAAAAGUCAGAAUUUUUAUAGUUCCCGACCUCAGUCAGAUGAAAUGAAAGAACAUUGAAUGAUAAAAAGAUGCCAGGGAACUUCUUUAUACAUGGCAGUAUAGGAAAUGGCUAAGGCUAAAAGUCAUUUUAUAAUUCUCAUCCAUGAACAGUUGGAUUCAGAGGAGAAAAAUCAGGCUAUUUUGGGAAACAAUAUUUAAGUAUUGUAAUAUAUAAGAAUAUGAGACAGUUACUCCAUAAGUUUUAUUCCUACAUAAUAAUGCAUCUUAGUGUGGAUGUUUAAACUCCCAUGCAGGUAUAAAUUCUUUGAGGUAGAUAAAGUCUGUUGAAUACUGCAUAGAACAUAUAAGCUGUAGAAUUAAUUAUAUUUGUUUACAUAAUGAUGUUGAAUAAAGCUCAGGAUAUCUUGAAAAUAAAAUUUACCUUUUUUCAGUAGAACAGCAAAAUAUACCCCAUUCUGCCUUUUGAAAACUAGAUUUUAAGGACAUUUCUUUGAAACCUCCAGAAUAUGAAGACAUUGUCCUCUGAAGACUGUAGUGUACUGUUUAGUGAUGGCUUUCACACUUCGAGAAUAAUCUGUGGAAAGUAUUAUUAGACAGAUAUAAGUGAUUUUAGAAUCUGUCUCUGACCAUAAUCAGUAAUACCUCAAAUCUAUUUUAAAAGCCUGUUGUAAAAAUUUUCUCCACUCACAAAUAUAAGCUUUCUCAGAAAUCCUAAUUUCUGAGUCGAACAUAAUUUUUAAAAAUUGAGGUCUUCAUUCUCAAAGACUGUGGUCUUUCUCUUUAAAAAGAAAAAAGAUUUUUAAAAAUCUUCCCCAUUCCAGGCAUCUGGGUAUCUCAGUGGAUUGAGAGCCAGGCCUAGAGACGGGAGGUCCUAGGUUCAAAUGUGGCCUCAGACACUUCCCAGCUGUGUGACCCUGGGCAAGUCACUUGACGCCCAUUGCCUAGCCCAUUACCACUCUUCUGCCUUGGAGCCAAUUGGCUCCAAGACAGAAGGUAAGGGUUUAAUUAAAAAAAAAAAAUCUUCCCCAUUCCUACUUCUCAUCCCUAUCAUUGUUACUCAACAAUAUUAUCUAGUCAAGGUGUCUGAAGCCCUAGAUUCCAUUUCUACCCUGAAGUAUUUGAUCCAUUCAGACAUACUGGGUAGUUCAGUUAAAUUUUUUUCUGCCUUAAUAUGAAUGAAUUAGUAAAACAAGAAAAAAAAUUCUCAGCAGUCAACAAACAUUUAGUGCCUGUAUAAUACCAGAUGUGGAAGACAAGAGACAAAAAUGAACCAUUGCCUACACUCAGGAAGCUCACAUUCUAUAUAAAGAGCAGGAAGGGAAUUUGGAGGCCACCAUCUAGUUCAAUCUCCUGAUUUUACCAAUGAAGAAACUCAAUCCCAGGGAAUUAAGUGAGAGAUUUUGCCCGGGGUCACCAUGGGCUUGAAAGCAAAGCAUACAGGAUUUGAAUUUAAAUCCUUUGACCCUAGAACUAAUUCUACUGCACCAAAUAUCUUUUAGAGAUCCAUUUUUUAAAUUACAGUUUUAUAACCUCUACUAAUAAAAAAAUGGAGUACCAUAGAAAAUAAACCAUUUAAUUGUCAAGUGGUGUAAUUUGAAAAACAAAUUUUGAUAUUUUUCUCACAAUAUACUGUUUUGGUUAUAAGAUCUUCCCUUUUUUCUAAUGGAGGAAAUUUAGAAGUUUACCUGCAUUUUUCUGAGAAUUUAGAAAUCAGUUCCUCUGGAAACAGAAUGCUAGUAACCCCUGGGUAACGGCAAAAUAGUGUUUUCAAUCCUGCUACUGUAGUAUCUUUAGACAUGAAAAUGGUGGCUAUUGUUAAUAAGAUGCUAAUCACUUCAAGUUUAAAGGAUUUAACUCAAAUGGGAAAUAACUAUUUUAAAUUCAAAAUGCCCUUUAUUUUUUUAAUGUAGAAAAUCUUUGAGUAAGCUGGAGCAGGCUGCAUUUUAAAUUGGACCUUUCCCAUGAAAUCAUUACUUUUUAUUUAUAAGACUUGAUUUAAUGUUGUGUGAAGAUCAAAGAAACUAAGGGUGUUCGAUCUAGAGAAAAUUUAAGUGAGACAUGGUUAGUUGUCUUCAAGAUCUUGAUGGUCUUUCAGAGUAAAAGGGAUUAGAAUUGUUAUUGGCCUCUGAGGCAGUAAUAGAAGCUCAUUAAAAAAUGAGUAGAUUGUCUCCAAAGAACAGGCUGCCCCAAAUAGAGGUCCACUAACAGAGACUGAAUAAUCACUUGCUGGGUCUGUUGUAAAGACAAUAUAUUUGUUCAGGUCCAAGUUUGGCUAGUUUCUGAGGUCCCUUCCAACUCUGAGAUUCUGUGCUUUGACAGUAAUUCCAAUAGAAUUAACUUAAUUUGUGGUUUCAUUAGUAAAGGGAAUUCCUGAGGAAGGAAACUCCUAUGGUUGGAGGCUGACAUCCUACUCCCACGUUGCCUAGGGCACUAAGAGGUUAAGUGAUUUGCCCCAGUAAGGAGUAAAGAGAAUAUACAGUUAAAUCUUGUUCCUGGAAGGAUAAGAUAUAUAAACCCACAAAUAUUUUUGUUGUUGUUCCAAGAUUCUCUAUAGUAAAAUAAUAUUUAAUACUUGGAAAAUUGUUACAUAUAGUUUAUAAAAUUAGUUGCUCUACUGAAGCCCUGCAGAUAACUACUGGCCUUUGGGUUAGAUCACUUUCCCAACUGUUUCCUCCUGUAUUGACUCUGCAGGUGAUUAAGUUAACCUUAUGAUCAAGGAAUCACUCAGGAAUGACCUUAGUAUAUUGCUCUUCUGCCUUUCCCCUUUGAAAAAAAAUUUUUUUAAGUCUGAACUUUAAAUUUAUUUCUAUAUGGACCCUCUGUAUUAAUGCAGAUCAGUAGGCAUCUUGCAAUUGAUGGUAUGUAAUGAGAUGAAAUGUGAAGCCCGGUCUUCCAGAUUCUUGAGGUUGGCUCUACCAACUCUUCUGUGCUGCCACUUUUCUUAUUAAUUCUUCAAGUAGGCUACUAACAUAAGAAAAGGAGACAGCAAAGCAUUUUCAGUUCUGUGGGUGCUUUAUUUUUAUAAGCUCUUGGUUUUCUAGUUUGAAUAAAAUAGUUUAUUUUACAAAAUAUGAAGUCAAUUCUGAUUGAAAGAAUGUGGUCAGUUUGGAGUCUUUAUUUGAAAAAACUUUUAAAAUUUGCUAUGCAGGAAGCUAAAAGCAGUACUUUAAUUUCCUCUUGUAUAACGCAUUUAUGUGAAUUAAGGAAAUUCUUGUAUUUUUUUUUGUCUAAAAAUUAAAUUUUCUUAAAAGCAAAAUGACCAGAUACUUUAUCCACACUAAAAUGCUUAAUAUAUUUUUGGGGAGGAAAAAAAAUAAAUAUACAUUUAAUGUAAUAGAGUGGUUCUUGUGGAUUUAUAUCUUUAUAGAAGAGGACCAUUACUUAUUAAUGCUCCCAUUUAUAUAGUGCUUUAAGGUUUAUAAAAUCACUUUACAUAUUUCUCAUUUGAUCCUCACAAUAACAUUAUGAGGUAGGUGCUAGUAUUUCCUUUUUACAUAUGAAGAAAGAUUAAAUGGUCAGAAAGAUUAAAUGAUAUGCCCAAGGUCAUAUGACUAAUAUAAAUGUCUAAGGCAGUAUUUGAAUCUCUGUCUUCCAAUUCUGUAUCUGUUCCACCAAGUUGCAUACUUUUUUCAUAUGGUGUUUUACAAUAUUGAAAGGACUUUUACAUACAGUGACUCAUUUGAUCUUCCAUAUAUGUGUGUGUUAGGCAGGGCAGGGAUUACUCUCAUUUUACUUAAGAGAAAGCUAAAACUCAUUUUUAAAUAAUUUUAAAUAAUUUCCCCAAGACCAUAGGGCUAGUAACUGGUGGAACAGUUUCUCAACUCAUCCUGUGCAUUUUCUUGUUUCUUUUGGUCAUUUUCUAGUUCUCUCAUCAAAGCCAAUUUUGAAUAGGACUUUUGCUACUAUAUUAAUAUAAUACAUUGUAAAAAUGAAAAAAUUGAACUUUAAAAAGGAUGGGUUAAAUAAAGUAUUUAAAAA